UGCCGCCCCACGCGUCGCGAGUUUUUCCAAGGCUUCAUGGCUGCAAUUGAGCCGCAAUUCAUCAAAGCGAAGCUUCAAUCAUGUCGCUACCGGUCACUCCAAAGUGGCCUUCAGACGAGAUUGGAGUCCCCAAGAUAAUCGGGGACGAGUGCUUCGGGGACUUGGUCGACAAAUUGAGCCAGUGUUUCGAACAUACAAUUAGGCUCCCUCACACAUUCGAAGACCUGCGUAGAAGCCAGGAAGGUCGGGCACUGCAACCCCUCAUAGCAUACCUCUCGUCCGAAGUUCACCAUCCCGCCCUCGUAUCGGCCCUCUUAGCGCUUAAAGGACACUUCUCUGCAUUGGAGGAAGCUAGCGACGAACCAGGUGUCAAUGAAGGAAGAGGAUAUGCGUGCGAAUUCGUCGCUUGGCAAUUCGUGGGCAAUCUGACGGACAGAGACAUCAUCGACUUUUUACUGGUGGAGCUGCCUUCGGUAACAACUCCGAGUAGUCAAGAUGCGGAAGCUGGGUAUACCACCCGUGAGACCGGCCGCACCGUCACCCAGACAGACGAACAGACACCCCUUCUGAGCCCCGCCAACAGCGAUUAUUUCGGCUAUGGGAAUGAAACCGCCGCAGAUGCUCGGUUUCGUUCGCUAACAACUCAGUGUGAAAAUCUCAGCGCCCUCGAAAUUGCGUCCGUCUCUGGGGCAAAAAAGUUUCUCGGUCAACGACCAGUUCAGAAGAUCAUCAACGGACUCUGGCGCGGCGACAUCGUGUUCUGGGAAACACUGAGUGUCAACUCCGUCAAGAAACCCCAAAAGUACAACCGAAGACUAACUGAUCCAUUCUCACGUCUGCGGGUCCCUCUGUACCUAAAGGUGUUCGAAACGCUUUUCUUUGCGGUGUUUCUUGCAUUGUACUAUACAGUACUCGUGCACCGUGACUUUACUAGAGUUACUACUGCAGAGAUUUUCCUCUACGUCUGGAUUGCUAGUUUCGCUUACGACGAGUUCGCGGGUUGGGUCGAUGCAGGCCAGACAAGCUUUUACGCGUCGGACUUUUGGUGGAUGUGGGACAUUAGUAUCGUUGUCGUUGGCAUGAUAUUUUGCAUAUUGAGAAUCGUGGGAUUGACGACGUCAUCUGCCGACACAAUUGACCUCGCAUACGAUGUGCUUGGACUGGAAGCCCUCUUCCUCGUGCCCCGAAUCUUUGCUCUUCUAAGCUUGAAUCGUUACUUUGGCACGUUGAUACCCUGCCUCAAGGAGAUGACCAAGGACUUCGUCAAGUUUUUAUCGCUUGUUGUCAUUCUUUACUUGGGCUUCCUUACUACCUUCGUGCUAUUAGCCCGUGACAAGUUCAAACCAAAAGAAAUGAGUUGGAUUCUGAUCAAGGUCUUCUUCGGGUCUAGUUACCUUGGUUUCGAUAUCGCUAAAGAGAUCUCCCCUUUCUUCGGUCCGCCGGUGAUGUUGUUAUUCGUUAGUUUGACCAACAUACUGCUCAUUACCAGCCUGAUAUCGCUCUUGAGCAACUCGCUGAGCAAGAUUCUGGAUCACGCACGUGAUGAAUAUCUGUUCAUCUAUUCAGUCUACGUUCUCGAAGCGUCCAGCUCCAAUCGUCUAACAUACUUUCUACCACCAUUUGUGAGUUCGCCUUUCGCUGCUAUUUUCGUGGAGUGGAGACGGGCAUUAAGCGCCGGGCCGUCAAAUUGGCCGGCCGACAUAGCCUCCAGUGAUUCGGAGAAAUGCUCUCAGAGCCAACCGCUAAAGACUUUACGUUAUGAGAGCAGCUCGCGGGGUUGCCGUUGUCACAGUACAUCGAGCAAGCCUUGUUCUGCCGCUCAGGCUCUCUCGAUAGCAGAAAUGUUGCCUGGCACAUGGGUCCCCAAUCGAAACCUCAUUCCGCUUUGCCUUCGACCGUUCCGGCUCAUAGUACCAUCCGAGCGGCUAAGGAGCGCCCGCAUCGUGCUACUGAAAGCAACACAUGUUCCCUUCGUGGGUGCUAUCUGGGCAUACGAGCAGCUUGCCCAAGCCCAUGAUUGCCAAAAGGACACAAUGUUCUUCAGCGGACCUCGGACGCCUGUGCCGCGGAAGAAACUUCCCCGGCUGCCAAUUAAUUCACCACGCCUUCUAAUGGCAGAUGCGCAGGCGGCACCGAACACGCCAGGUAGGGGGCAGCAUGCGAGUUGGCCUCACACCACAGCAGGGUUGACAGAGUCCGAUGCCCAGUUGAAAACACUAGUUCUCAAGCUCAUGACGCAGGUCGAGGAGCUCACGGCUAUGGUGUCGCAGCUUCAAGAGCAGCGCGAAGCGAGCACGGCCGCUUGAGGGCCGGCGCUUCCAGCCGUCCGUGGCACAUACUGCCAUGGAUGAGCAGUGUGCAAGGUCGGGUAAAACUAGGGACGAUCCUCUGUAUUCAUUUCCAAAGCAAACUCGAAUAGGCGCACGUGCGAAUCGAGUGUUGGUGUCUCACAUGCUCGACAGCAUGUGGACUAGCACAGCAGCUGGAUGGUGGACGGCAUUUAAGUGAUAGAUCCAGGCAAAACGUCUUUUUUCCCAGACUGGGCAUAGUCUCCAUCGGCACGUCCAUGGCGACAGGGGUAUAGCCGCUGGCCAUGUUCUUGCGCCUCGAGCUGCGGUGGCCGCAAAUCUGCGUGGUGUCUUCGGCCCGCUUAGGCCUUACCCGAGAGCGUGGUUGAGUCGAACUCCCCCGGCCCAAGCCCCCAUCCACCUGUACAGGGGAGAGGGUCGUCUGCACAAGCCAUGCACUGCUACUCUUGCGUACCCUC